AUGACAAGAUUAGCUGAAAACAAUACUUGUAUUAAUUGUUUAGUAAUAGUGUCAAAUUACACUACUUUCUCAAUUAACCCUCCAGAAAGCUUAACCAUCUUUUUGACUAGUGUGAUGAUUUUUAUAUCUGUUAUGGAUAUCUUUGGAAAUACCCUUGUCAUUCUAUCAAUCCUAAGGAACAAGAAACUUAGGAAUGCUGGCAAUAUCUUUGUGAUUAGCUUAUCAGCAGCAGACCUGAUGGUCGGAGUAUAUUCAUAUCCUUUAGUUUCCAUUGCUACGUUAUACAACAAAUGGAUCUUGGGGGAUCUUCAGUGCAAAAUAUCAGGACUUAUUCACUCUCUUGGUCACAUUGUAUCUGUCUAUAACAUCAUGGCUAUUGCUAUCAACCGUUACUGCUGUAUCUGCCACAGUCUCAAAUAUGACAAGCUAUACAGCAUGAGAAACACUUACUGCUAUGUUUUUCUGACUUGGUCUUUCAGUAUCAUUCUGUUACUGCCAAUUAUAUUCUUUGAUGUUUUACAAUAUGAUGAGCGAGUACAUUUCUGUGCCUUUAUUUUUACAGUAAAACCCUCUUUAACCAGCACAAUGGCAGUGAUACACUUCUUAAUACCAGUGACAAUUGUAAUUUUCUGUUAUUCGAGGAUAUGGAUUUUGGUUAUUCAGGUCAAGUACCGAAUCAGGCAGGAAAACAAACAAAAGUUAAAGCCUGCAGAAGUCCGUAACUUCCUGACUAUGUUUGCUGUCUUUAUUCUUUUUGCAGUUUGCUGGAGCCCUUUUAGCAUUCCAGCACUAGUAGAAGGCUGUAAUCCCAGAGGGAAAACCUCAGAAUUCCCUGAUUGGUUAUUUGUAUUAGGUUACUUCACUGCCUCCUUUAACAACUGUCUUAAUGGUAUAGUUUAUGGUAUUCUUAAUCAGAACUUCCGACAAGAGUACAAAAGAAUUCUCCUCUCUUUAUGCAGAGUGGUAUCACCUGCUUGA